GAAAAGGGCAGGCAUCCCAGGGAUAUCAAAUGAACACAGUUAACAAGUUACAAAAAGACCAGGCACAAACCCUCAUAUGGAUGAGGCAACCCAAUAGGACAAAAAGGGUGCCAAAAGCAGACAAGAGUCAGAAACACCCCACACUCUGCACUGUUAGGAAUCCCACAGACACCCCAAGCUAAACAACUAUAAUAUGUAUGUAGAGGACUUAGCUUAGACCCAUACAGGCUCUGGGAUUGCCACUUCAGUCUGUGAGCCCUUAUGAGCCCUGCUUAGUUGAUUCUGUGGGCCAGGUUCUCCUGGUGUCCUCAACCCCUCUGGCUCCUACCAUCCUUCAUCACUCUCUUUUCCACAGGGUUCCACAGGCUCUGGCUAAUGUUUGGGUGUGGCUCUCAGCACCCGCUUCCGUCUGCUGCUGGAGGAAGCCUUUCUGAUGACAUUGGGCUAGGCACUGAUCUGGAGUUCUGGCAGUUGGCUAGGCCUCUGGUCAAGCAGGGGGCUUCCAUCUGAGUUGUGGAUACGGUUUAUAUUGGUAUUUAUGAAACACUACCACAGAAUGAAGAAGAAUGGGAGGAAUGGAUGCCAGAGACAAGCAGGUGCUCCGUUCGCUGCGCCUGGAGCUGGGUGCCGAGGUUUUGGUGGAGGGGCUGGUUCUGCAGUACCUCUACCAGGAGGGGAUUCUGACCGAAAACCACGUUCAAGAAAUCAAGGCUCAAACCACGGGCCUCAGAAAAACAAUGCUGUUGUUGGAUAUCCUGCCUUCCAGGGGCCCCAAGGCAUUUGACACCUUCCUAGAUUCCCUGCAGGAAUUCCCCUGGGUGCGAGAGAAGCUGGAGAAGGCGAGAAAUGAAGCCGUGACUCAGCUGCCCACCGCAGGUGACUGGACGGCUGGAAUCCCUUCACACAUCCUCAACAGCUCCCCAUCAGACCGGCAGAUCAACCAGCUGGCCCAGAAGCUAGGCCCGGAGUGGGAGCCCAUGGUGCUGUCUCUGGGACUGUCCCAGACCGACAUCUACCGCUGCAAGGCCAACCACCCCCACAACGUGCAGUCGCAGGUGGUGGAGGCGUUUGUCCGCUGGCGCCAGCGCUACGGGAAACAGGCCACCUUCCUAAGUUUGCACAAGGGCCUCCAGGCCGUGGAGGCAGACCCCUCGCUGCUCCAGCACAUGCUGGAGUGACCCUGCCCCUGCCACUUGCUGGGGCGUGGGCCCCCAAGUCACACAGACUGAAUCGGACUUCACCCAGCAGGUGGCUUCGCUCUGGGUAAUUUUUUUUUUCUUUUCAGUGAGCCUUAGGUGGAAGGAGAACACCUGUAGUCUACCGGCUCAAUAAUCCAAUGGCCUUAAUUGCUUGAAGAUUGCAUUGUUGUGACCGCAGUUUUGAACUGCGUGGUUGCCUUUUAACAGAGGUCCAGAAGAAAAACAAAACCAAACCAAAAAAAGCCCCAUGCUACCGCAUUGUACGCAGGUGUCCUACAUACAAAGCAUCUGCUCUUACGUUGCCUGGAAACUGGACUGUGGACUUAGCUCUUCAUAAUGAUGAUGAUAAUAAAAACUGAAUUGUGUA